ACACAGUGAUCCCUCGAGACAGACAGAGCGAGCAAGCAGAGCAGAGGAGCACCACCAUGCUGCUGAACCCGGCGACCACGGUGCUGGACACCAUCAGGCAGCACCUCAUGGACGACACGGCGGCCGCAUCGCCCGAGGCGGCGGGGAGGCCGAGGCCGGCGUACUGCCGCAGCGCCAGCUUCGGGAGCCUGGUGGCGGACCAGUGGAGCGAGUCGCUCCCGUUCCGCGCCGACGACGCCGACGACAUGGUCGUCUACGGCGCGCUCCGCGACGCCUUCUCCUGCGGCUGGCUGCCCGACGGCUCCUUCGCCGCCGUCAAGCCCGAGCCGCUGCCGUCCUCCCCGGACUCCUCCUCCUCCUGCUCCUACGUCGACGACGCCUGCGCCUCCUCCCUCGAGCCGGAGCUGCUCGACUGCUACCCCACCACGCCCACCGAGGAGGACACGCCCAGGCGCGAGGAGGAGGCCGCGGCGGUGGCCCGGGGCAAGCACUACCGCGGCGUGCGCCAGCGGCCCUGGGGCAAGUUCGCGGCGGAGAUCCGGGACCCGGCCAGGAACGGCGCGCGCGUCUGGCUCGGCACCUACGACAACGCCGAGGACGCCGCCGUCGCAUACGACCGCGCCGCCUACCGCAUGCGCGGCUCCCGCGCGCUCCUCAACUUCCCGCUCCGCAUCGGCUCCGAGAUCGCCGCCGCCCACGCCGCAGCCGCGGCCGCUCCCUCCGGCGACAAGCGCCCGUCGCCCGAACCAACCACCUCCGACUCGUCCUCCACCUCCUCCUCCGGGCCCUCCCCGAAGAGAAGAAAACGAGGCGAGGCGGCGGCCGCAUCCAUGGCCAUGGCCCUGGUGCCGCCGCCAUCCCAGCUCAACCGCCCGGCGCAGGCCUGGUUCCCGGCCGCGCCCGUCGAGCAGGUGCGCGUGCAGCAGCUCGUCAGCUAGGACAGACAGUGUGGAACGGAUUCUAGCGGCAAGUGCACGGCCGUGACAGCGGCCUCUACCUUGCACAGUUGCGCAAGUGCGAGAUCGAUGGCGACGGAAUGGGACGGCGAGCCAAGGCAAAGCACCACAGCGACGGCGCCAUUGGAUAUUCCGACGGAUCGAUAAGAUCGCAGCAACUUGAUUGGGCGUGGCGGAGCCGAGAUACUUCCUCUGCCCGGUGCAACUCGCCCAAGUGGGUCGAAGCGACACUGUAGUAUCUACUAUCUAGUCGUCGUGGUUCGUUUUGGGUCGUGUGGUUACUUGCGUCACUGUCAGGGU